CCUCAUUUAUGGACUGGAAAAAAUACAACUUUUUCUGUCCUGAGGAUUUCAAAACAUGGUUAUCACAUCCUUGCUUAUAAUUUUAUCUGUCCUGAGGAUUUCAAAACAUGGUGAUCACAUCCUUGUUUCUUGUAGAAAGCUCCUGUAGGUGAUAUAGUUGAGCUACAAUACAUGGUGUUUAGGCAUACAGAGAUACUUCUCUUUGAAAAGAUCAGGUAUACAAUAACACUUCCCUUUGAAAAGCAUCAGGAAUGGUAACUAGGCCUGCAGCAGAGAGAUUUCAAAGGCGGCUUCCCAACUUGCAAGUUAUGGAGAAGUUCUACCUGACCAUUCUUUUUGCAAAGUCGCAGCCAGGCUUCAAUACGUCAACAUUAAUGAACGGAGUUAGAAUAGGGACCUUAUCCCAUCCUUCUCUCUCUUGUGCAAAGCAUUCGCAUGGAGUGAUGCAUUGUGCUGCCAAACAAACAAAGAUGCUGACUGCAUUACUUAAUUGCCACAAGCUGACGAUGGUGGCGGUCUAAUUGCUACUCUUAGGUAGUUGUGUCAGGCUUUUUUCUUCCUUGUUUGAAAAAUGGUUUAAAAAACUGGUGGUCAUGGUUUAGUAGCUAGCUUUUUCCACAAUUUGUGAAGAACCUUCAGAGGCUACAAAGCUCACUACAACUCUUCUCUCUUGAAAAGACUUGCGCUUCCCUGCCCGUUCAUCUGUUCUCUUUUACAUCCCUCCGAUGGCUGCGGUGAAAGAAUCUGAGAUGCAAAUCAGAGUUCAAAGCCACAAAGAAGGUGAACUGGAGAAUGGUGAUCCUCAUCAAGCUCAAGCAACUUUGUCCAUCCAUGGCAGCCGACUGCGGUACAGCCGCUUCUGGUGGCUCUCCGUUGCCUUUAAUAUUCUGAUGGUCAUUUUUGGUCAGUCUGCAGCGACGAUAUUGGGCAAGCUGUAUUUCGCAAAGGGUGGGAAGAGCAAAUGGCUGGCCACCCUUGUCCAAACUGCUGCCUUCCCAGUUCUGAUCCCUUUCAUUUUCUUCUCUUCUAAAAUCAAAUUGUCCAAUGGCAUCGCGACUGUCAAUACCCACAGGACCCCGAUUUCCACCACGAUUGCUGUCUACCUCAUUCUUGGCAUCAUGAUUGCUGGGGACAACAUGAUGUACACAUACGGUGCAGCUUACCUCCCAGCCUCCACUUUUUCACUCAUAUGUGCAACUCAAUUGGCAUUCAAUUGCGUCUUCUCUUUCUUUCUCAAUUCACAGCAUCUCACUCCCUUCAUCUUGAAUUCUGUCCUGCUACUGAUUCUCAGCUCAAUACUCUUAGCCUUCCAAUCGGGCAAUGGGCAGUCUACAGAUACAACUUCUCAAUACUCCACAGGAAUUAUAUUCAACCUUUGUGCCUCCGCCCUCUUCGCCCUCAUCUUGUCUCUAAUGCAAUUCUCUUUUCAAAAAAUCUUCAAGAAGGAGACGUUCUCUGCAGUUUUAGACAUGCAGAUCUACACAUCAUUGGUGGCGUCCAUGGCCUGCGUGAUCGGGCUGUUUGCAAGUGGAGAAUGGGGUGCUCUUGCCGAAGAGUCUGGAGAGUUCAAACUCGGCCGGACUUCAUACAUAUUGGUUAACCUGUUGAACGCAAUCAGUUGGCAGAUUUGCUUUGUGGGCACAGUGGGCCUGGUAUUCACCGUGUCUUCCCUGUUCUCCAACGCAAUCAGUACCCUGGCUUUGCCUUUGAUACCCGUCUUGUCUGUUUUCAUUCUCCAUGACAAGAUUACUGCAACAAAAAUUGUGGCUCUGAUAUUGAGCCUGUGGGGGUGCCUCUCCUUUGUUUAUCAACAGUAUCUGGAAGCUGGUGGUACCCCCCUAUCUUGGUCUUUCUCCGCGAGCAAGAGAAAAAGGUCUGGCACCACAGAUUCGUAAGCAAAUACUACGUGGUUGUUCUUGCGCCACAUUAUUGCAGAAGUUUUAUUUAGCGUAUAUUUUCUCGACUCUGUGCCGAAUGGAAGAGAAGGAGUAAUUCUCUUCAUCAUUCAAUGCGAAAGUGAAUUGUCUUAGGCUCAAAGACAGUGCAAAUUUAAUGAUUCUAAUGCAAUUUGUCACAAAUGUUUCGAGUUUAACUAACUGAAUUCCAGUCACUAUAGAUAGAAGUGAUCGCAAUGGGAGAUGAACAAAGAUAGAUGCUCAGCGGUAGUCGAUGCAUCCUUGCUUGGCUUAUACUGGCAAGUAGUUCACCUUUUUGUGUUUGUGUCUAU